CUCAUGUACAAUGGCCUAUUUGCCAUUCCCAUUUCGGCCCAGGCCCAGGCCCAGCUAGACGGGUGGAAGCGUCCACGAAUCGGAGCGCAGUGUGGCGACCGCAGCCGAGGUGAGCCAUGUCGGCGGCCGCCGUCCUGUGCCGGCUUGGGCUCGGCCUCCGCCGCCUCUCCACACUCCCCGAGUUCCCUGCGGCCGCGGCCGCGGCCGGGGCGCCGCAGCCACAGCACCCCACCUCGAAGGACGCUUACUUCGCGGCGGUGCACCACCUCUCCACCAUCGUGCGGCGCGACUUCUACCUGGAGCGCACCUUGAACCGCCUCCGCCUCCCGUCCCCGUUCCCUCCCGACCUGGCGCUCCGCGUCAUCCGCGCCGCCGCCCCCGCCGCGCCGCUCCACGCCACGCGCUUCCUUGCCUGGCUCCGCGCCAAGCCGUCCUUCACCGCCUCCGCCGAGCACUUCGACGCGCUGCUCCUCCCGCUCGCGCGCGCGCGGCUCUUCCCCCACCUCUGGUCCCUCGCCUCCGACAUGCGCGGACUCGGCCUCCCCCUCUCGCCGACCACCUUCUCCGCGGUCAUCUCGUCCUACGGCCACUCCCGCCUCCCCGACCAGGCCGUCGAGGUGUUCAACCGCCUCCCCCGAUUUGGCUGCCCCCAGACCACCGAGGUCUACAACGCCCUCCUCGACGCGCUCUGCGCCAACGGCAACUUCACCGGCGCCUACAAGCUGCUCCGCAGGAUGGCGCGCAAGGGCGUGGCCCCCGACCGCGCCACGUUCAGCACCCUCGUUGACUCGUGGUGCGCGGCGGGGAAGCUCAACGAGGCGCAGGCGUUCCUCGACGACAUGGCGAGCCGCGGGUUCCGCCCACCGGUGCGCGGCCGUGACCUCCUCGUCGACGGGCUCGUCCGCGCUGGGCACUUAGAGGAGGCCAAGGCCUUCGCCCUCCGCAUGACCAAGGAGGGCAUCCUCCCCGACGUUGCUACAUUCAACUCCCUUGCCGAGGCGCUCUGCAAUGCUGGAGAUGUGGACUUCGCGGUGGCUCUUCUUGCUGAUGCUUCUAGUCGAGGCCUCUGUCCAGACAUCUCAACAUACAAGGUAAUGCUACCAGCUGUGGCCAAGGUUGGCAAAAUUGAGGAGGCAUUCCGAUUGUUCUAUGCGGCUAUUGAGGAUGGUCAUCGUCCAUUCCCGAGUCUCUAUGCAGCAAUCAUCAAGGCACUUUGUAAGGCAGGGCGCUUCGCAGAUGCUUUCGCCUUCUUUGGUGAUAUGAAGAUGAAGGGGCACCCACCGAAUCGCCCUGUGUAUGUAAUGCUUGUCAAAAUGUGUGUGAGGGGCGGUCGGUUUGUGGAGGCUGCAAACUACCUCGUUGAGAUGAGUGAGGCAGGAUUCACACCCCGGGCACCGACCUUUAAUGCUGUAGUUGAUGGGCUUCGACAUUGUGGGAAGCAUGACCUCGCCAGGAGAUUGGAACAGCUUGAGGUGUCCCUGAAGGGAAAUUAAAUGGGAACUAGUGUGGUUUUCUCUUCCAGUUUGGGCCUUGCAAGCUGUGUGGUGUUGCUACUAGAUUUUUCAGGCAAGGGUAAAGAAGGAAAUGCUGUAAUUUAGAAGGAAUCAACAAGGUUGGAGGAUUGUCACAAGAUCUAGCCAAGCAAGUCUGGCUGCCAUGAUGCGGAAUGGAAUAAGCCUUGCCAGGUUGUUGAAUCCCUCCAAAUCGAGUGAAGGCAUGUGUGGGAUUUGAACCAGUUGUGUGUUAAUUUGGGUCUAAAUAGAUCUGUAAUGUGAUAAUAUUGCAUCCUAGUUAAGAGAAAUCCAGUCCAAUGUAACUGGGCAAAUAUCAAUGCAGGGUAGCUCAGAGCAAUAAGAAGUGAACAAGUACUUGUUGUAAUUCGGAUGGCGACUAAAGUAUUUGAUCAUAUUUCAUUGAUUUCGGUCGUUUUAUA